GUAGCAUGCUAAAGUAGUGCGCUUAUUAGUGUUACUGAAGCCCCACGGCCUUCUUUAGUGCGCUAGUUAGUGCCCUAGUGCGCGGUUUGGGACGUUUCCCACUUUGUAAGUUGACGCUACGGGAAGUUGGCGUUGAGGCAGGUGAAGGAGUGGAUCUGAGGAGGAUGUGGGCCGGGCAGAAGCGAGGGAUCCACGUCACACAGGCUGAGCUGCUCUGCAAAGAUGGCUGUGGGUUUUACGGCAACCCAGCCUGGCAGGGAUAUUGUUCCAAAUGCUGGAGAAAGAGGACACGCAAGACCGAAACCAGCAAAGAGGAUCAUGGGCUCCAUGAAGACGGAAGUUCCCAGCUUAGCUUUUCUAAAACCGAAGAGAAGAAAAAUGCAGAGAAGGGUAGAAGGUCCAACACUAUUAUGCGCCUCUUCUGGGGAAGUUCUUCACCACCACGGCAAGAGUCUCCUGAAGGCCAGGAAGCAGCCCUGAAGGCCUUCCAGAGCCUGGAGCCUGGCGAUUUCCCCGGCUUCCUCAAACUGCUGCACAAGCCGUCCUCACAGCGUCUGCACUCCCGCUGCUCAGCCUUCCUCAACACCAUCGAGGCUUACCGCGACCUUCCUGUACAGAAGCAGUCAGACCUGGUGCAGGAUUUCUACCAGAAUAUUGCAGUUCACUUCAGUGGUCUGUCCGAGCCGCAGGUUUCUCAGAUGAUGGAACAUGUCGAGAAGUUGAUCAUGACUCGUCUCCACAAGUGGGUCUUCUGCCAUGACAGCUGUGAUGACGAACAGAAGGAUCUAACACUCCAGAGAAGGAUCAAGUCUUUGAAUUGGGUCACUCCUGAGAUGCUGCGUGUGCCUUUUCCACAGGGUGGCUCAGACACCAGUGACCCGUAUUUACCUGCAAUUACAGCCAUCAUAGAGAUGGACGCCAAGCGUGCGCCUCAGGAUAAACUGGCCUGUUUGUCCAAGUGCAGUCAGCACGUUUUUCAAGCGCUCGCCUCAGAGAACAGGCAGCCGGCGAACGCAGACGACUUCUUGUCCGGUCUGAUUUACGUCGUACUGAGGGCCAACCCGCCCCGUUUGCACUCGAACAUAAACUACAUCGUCCGCUUUGGCCUGCCACACAGCCUGAUGGCAGGGGAGAGCGGCUACUACUUUACAAACCUGUCGUGCACUGUUGCCUUCAUUGAGAAGCUGGACGGCCCGGCGCUUAACCUCACCCCGGAGGAGUUUAACAAAUACAUGCAGGGCCGAAGAGCGCCUUCCGGGCCAACAGAAUGUGCUGGCCAGAGGAGAGCCCAGGAAAACCGAGAGCAGCUGGAAAAGAUAAAGAACCGACAGGAGAAGGUCGAACAAGGUGUACGUGCUCUUCAGGAACAGCUGGAUUUGUGGGUACGUUCUGUGCAGGACCAGAUCGAUGAAGUCAGGGCUCAGUCGGUGUUGGUCCUGAAAGACGACGUAGCUGAGCCUCAGCCUGGAGAGACUGUGUGCUGACUGUUAUUUAAAGAAAGCAGUUUCCACUUUGUUUCUCAGUGUGCUGAAUCUGCAUGUUGGAUUAAAAAAAUGCAGAUGAGAAGAAUUUAAACAGAGAAAGAUGGUACAAAAUCUUUUAGCUUCUCUGCUACUUUGCACUGGUGCUGGAAUCCAGAAUUUGCCAGAUUGAAAAAUUUAUUAGCACUGUUUUUGAACUUAUGACUUAUGUACAUGACCUAGAUGUAAAUACUGAAAUAUUCAGCAAAGGACCCGUUUUUUUAUUUUCCACAAUAUGGAGAGAAAAAGCAUAUUCAGGUUGUAUUGCUACACGUGGUGAUUGCAGCAUGCCCUUUAGUACAUGUAAACACUUUGGUGAACACGGGAUUCGUCACAGUUAAAGACGGUGCGAGGCAUCAAUUUGGACUUUCUUCUGCUAAAGCAGCGUAUGUGAAAUAUUUCAUUCUCUUGCAAUAUCAGUAUUACAAUAUUGCAGUGACAAUUAACAACUGAUAUAUUGUGCACUAAUGAUUUAAGACAGAUGUUUGCCCAAUGUUAACUCGGUACAGUACUCUUUUUUUUUUUUUUUUUUUUUUUUUUUUUUUUUUAAAGUAAUAACUCAUAAUUGAAGUCAGUUAUAUUCUGUAGUUCCUUACUAGGGUCUCAGGGUUUCAUUUAUAAGCUUGGCUCAUUAGCCAUUACUGUGUCACCUUCACCAGUGUGUUUUAGCUCCUGCCCCUUACAGGUCACAGUUUAAAGCUGCUCAUCAGUUCAUCAGGGACAAAAUGCUAUUACUGAGCACAGCAGGGUCAAUGACAAUGUCAUCAGUGAGGCGUAUGGAUCAGUAAAAACUCCUGAUUUAUAUACACGUUUGAGGAAGUUCAUGACAACAGGUUCAUGUCAGGUUGGUGUUUAUGGCAGUAAGUUCGUAAGCUUUAGGCUACAUUAAAUGGAACACUAAAACCUCGGAGCUGUAAUACUCCCAAAAUCUCAAUGUUUUGUCCAACAUCUGCUUAGAAGACGUGCCAUAAGUCAUCCAGUGACCACAUAAGGCAUUUGUUGGAUGGAGUAGCCUGAAAUCACUCUGGAAGACUAUGCAAAUAAACAUUUAAAACUUUUAGUCAUUAUAAUCUGGGUGUAGAUGCCACCCGAGUUCCGUGUUAACUGUGUUAUGGAGCACUGGUGGAUUUACUCGAUGUUUUUGAAUCGCAGUACUACUACUAAAUCUUCUUCUGGCAAAUUAAUGUGUAAAGUUCUUGUUAAGUUGGUACCUGUGAUGACCUUUAUGUAGCUCUUGACGAAAUGUACUUUCUGUUUGUUUUCUUAUGUUAUAUUUUCUGUUAUACCUUUAAGAUUUUGUUUCUGUUUGGUGGAAAAAAAAUCCACAAAACAAGCAGAACGUGGCAGUUUGGUGCUGGUUGGAGAAAGUUAUAGACGCAGACCGUGUCUAUGAUGUCGCUAUUUUUCUUCCUGUAAGCAGUGGUGAGAUUCUUCUGAAUUGAGCGGUGUGUAUACAUUCCAGUGUCUCAGGAGUGUGUGUCCAUACUGUUAAUUAAUGAAGUAUGAUGCAGUCUAUGCAGUUAUUAAUGAAGAACUAUGAAAUUGUUUUGUAUCUGUUCUUUUACCACUCUGGAAUGAAACUGUGUAUUUACAUAUUUAAAAGGAACUCUUUGAAAAUAGAGCAAGAAAAUAAAUGAAUGUGAAAUUUAAACUUAUUAAUAAAAGGAAUUCAACAGA